AGCAGGACCUCCGAGAGGCGAGCAGUAGGGAAGCAGGGCUUGUUUUACAUGUCCGGCCCGUGUUUUAUCAGUGUUUGUUGUUGACAGCUCUUCCUGGAGAAGCCCCUGAAGCCAGAGAAAACUUCGCCCUGACAGACACAAAAAUGGAAAUAGAGAAGGAAGUGAAGAAGAUGACCCUUGGCCACGAGUUUGGCGCUGGAGCAGCCUGUUUAAAAUGCAAGGACAAGUGCGAGGGCUUUGAGCUGCAUUUCUGGAGGAAAAUAUGUCGAAACUGCAAAUGUGGCCUUGCAGAGCAUGAUGUGUCGAUGAACUCGGAAGAGAACAAGAAGGUAGGCAAGCUGUUCGAGGACACCAAAUACACUGGCCUCAUCGCCAAGUUGAAGACGGAUGGCAUCCCCAGGUACCAGGCCAACAUGGUGACCAUCACUCUGCCCAGCCCUGCCACUGCUUAUGCAGUUCCACCUAGUGCCUCCUCCACCAUUGUGCCCCCUUCUGCCACAGCUGGUUCUGUACAGCCUGCUGGAACCUCUGCAGGUUUGGCACCAAGCAGCGCUCAGGCUCAGGCUCAGGCUCAGGCUCAGGCUCAGGCUCAGGCUCAUCCUCAUCCUCAGGCUCAUCCUCAGGUUCAGCCUACACCAGCUGGCGUUACACCGCUCAAGGCUAACAAAGUGCCAGUUCCCAAAGAUGUGCCCAUGAAGUCCGUCACCUAUGAGUGGGCACCACCAGUAGCAAACAAGUAUCUGGCGGUGCGCUACAUUGAGCUGCUCCCCCAAGAGAAACGUCCGGUGGCUGGUACAGAGGGAGCAGCUUACCGUCGGCAGCAGAUGGCCCGUCAGCUGCCUGAGCACGACCAGGAUCCAUCCAAGUGCCACGAGCUGAGCCCUGCCGAGGUCAAGAAAAUGCAACAGUUUGUUCGCAAGUACAAGGAUGAGGUCCUGGGGAUCGGAGAUGUCAUGCUGCCCGAGCAAAUGGCUCUGGUUAAGGCAGGAGGGCAGGUUGGGGCCGGUGUUGGGGCCGGUGUUGGGGCCGGUGUUGGGGCCGGUGUUGGGGCCGGUGUUGGAGCCGGUGUUGGAGCCGGUGUUGGAGCUGGAGGUACACCUGGUGCACAAGGGGCAGGGUUUGGACCUGGAGCAGAUGUUGUUGCUGGUGGUGGAGCUGGAGGGGCUGGAUAUAGACCAGGGGUUGGGGUUGCUGGGGCUGGUUCUGGUUCUGGGCCAGUGGCUGGAAGCUGUGGUGUUGGAGUUGGUGUUGGCCUUGCACCUGCUGGAGCUGGUGCUGGAGCUGGUGGUGCUGCACCACUUUCAGGGCCUGGGAUUGGACCCUCUGAUGGCUUUGGGCCAGCUGGAGGGGCCAUGGGUACUACUGCCACUGCUGGAGCCAUGAGCGUCCCUGGAUCUCAGCAAGCUGGACUACCACAACAGAACUUUUCGUGCCAUCAUUGCCAGCAGCCCAUGCGUACAGGUGAGCCAGCUGUCUACGCUGAGCGGGCCGGCUACGACAAGCUGUGGCACCCGGCGUGCUUCGUGUGCUGUACCUGCCAUGAGCUGCUGGUUGACAUGAUCUACUUCUGGAAAAAAGGCAAGAUGUACUGUGGACGCCACUACGGAGACAGCGAGAAGCCACGAUGUGGAGGUUGUGAUGAGCUGAUCUUCAGUAACGAGUACACUCAGGCUGAGGGCCAGAACUGGCACCUUAAACACUUCUGCUGUUUCGAAUGUGACUGCAUCCUGGCUGGAGAGACAUACGUUAUGGAGAACGACAAGCCUGUCUGCAAACCCUGCUACAUGAAGAACUACGCUGUGAAAUGCUCAGCCUGCCAGAAUGCGGUGGAGCCUGAGGCCCAGAGAGUUUCCUACGGUGAGCACCACUGGCACGCCGAGCCGCAGUGCUUCAAGUGCUCCGGCUGCUCCAAGUGCCUGAUCGGCCAACGCUUCAUGGCAGUGCAGAACUUCCUCUUCUGCUCUGUAGAGUGCAAGAAGAAAACCGUGGCUUAGAGGGCCAAAGCAACUCCCUCAUCUCCUCCAUGACCACUUGUGAAACCAGGACGGGUUCUGCUAAAACUAAAUCCAGACCAGAGAAAACAAACACUGCAGCUGCACAAGGGCAGAGAUGGGUUGUAGUUGUGUAACAUGAAAUAGUGCCUGAUACCUCUCAUGUAGAGAUUUACAUUAACAAGGAGCCCAUUAGUAUUUGGGUUGCCUGUCCAUGGUAGACCGCAGUGCUGAUACGUCUUGUAGUCUCAGAAUUAGUGACACCCAAACUUCUACUGUCCAUUUUUGUCUUCAGCCUAAGAGUUUUUUGGAUGAUUUUGUUGCACUGUUUUAUAUACUUACAGAUGAGAUUUUUUUUUUUGUUACACAUAUGUUUGUUAAGUGCUAUUUCUGCUGUUCCAUUCCUGAGUAACCUACUGUUGAUUUGUUGUGUCACUUUAUACUGUAACCUUGAUACAAAAAAAACUACUGAUACUCAUUCUUCUUUAUGCAUCAGUAUUACAAGCAAUGUUUGCACGUUAAGGGUUCAGUAAUUAAAACAGUAAUGACUCGCAAAGUUUGCAGCUGAUUUUAAGUUAUUGAUUCAAUUCAACGCCUGGAUUUCAACGAGAGAUUUGGAAAUUGCCCCAACUCUGACAACAGUAUAUCAGAGUAUAGCUAGUACACCCUCUAGACAUGUUAUUAGACUGCAUUUGACUGUACAGGUGUUUUUUUCAUUAGUUAUUCUAUAAUUAGAUCAAGAUCAAGAAAGUGGUAUCUAGUAGUGGGUAGAAAUAAAAAUCUACUGAUGAAUAAACAUUACAAGCAAAAUAAAAUGUGUUCAUUAUAAGUCUAGUCAUAAGUGUAAAUUAUAAAUGUACCACCCACUGGGCUACUGAUGAUGUAAAAUAACUACUUCCUCAUGAAGCUCAAAACAGUAAUUAUAGUUUCAGGAACCAGAGCGAAAAUACUUGCAAAGAGGGACAAGUAUUUUGACAGCUUGGCAGUGCAGACUUUAUUCUAGAAGCUGAUGCCUCUAUUAUUGCCUCUAUUAGAGCUUAUGUGAAAAACUUGUUGCUUGUUUACUGCCUACUGUCCAGCUGUUGCAUAGGAAGAGCAGCAGGUUUAAAACAGUACAUAAAGUCUCACAUAAAACCUUUCUCUUUCAAUAUUUUUGUGCCAUGUAGCUUUUCAUUUUAAGGAACAAACUGCACUAUAAAAUAUUUUUUCUUCAACAAUUGCAGUAAAAGCAACAUCCUGAGAAUCAGCUAAAUGUGUUAAAUAAUGUAUAGUAGAGUUGAACAAUUUGAAGAGAAUAUCUAAUUGCGAUUUUUAAGAGACAUAUUGCAAUCUGAUUUGCAAGACUGAAUUGUUUGAGUGAAGUCAGGCUUCGAUCGUUAAACCACAGUCCCUUAUUCACGUAGUAUACAGUCGUGUAUAAAAGUAUACAUACAGUUGUAAAGACUGUGCAUGUAAUGGCAGUCUUAAGUUUCCAAUAGCUGCUGACAGCUCAUAAUUUCCUAUGUCGUAAUCAUUUAAACACACACAAAAAAAACAACCAUGCAUUUUAGCUCUUCUGUUGCCAUUUGUACUUCUAGGUCUUUUGGAAAAAUGACAAAAUCUGCUGGAUCAAUAAGACGCACAGCAACUUGAAUUAUGAGUUUUGGUGAUGUGGCCCGUUUUGUUUAUCCAGUGUUCCUGGUGGCAUAAACUUGUAACUUCUCUUGACAGAGUUGAUACUGUUUACCUAAAUUUGUUGGCUUUCUAACACAGCCUUGUUUCUUCAUCACAUUACACAGGUUCCUGAUGGAGUUUUAGUCAGGAAUUUUGGGAGACCAAUCUAAAAACUUAAUUCUUGCCCGCAGAAGGCCUUUUCUUUGUCGUGUGUUCAAAAGCAAACUUCAGUUGAGCCAUAAUGUGCUGCUUCCAGAAGAAGGGCUCCCUUCUUGUAUGACAGCCUCUCAGCCCAUGGUGAUAUAAAACACAUUCGACUUGUGGAAACUGGCAUUUGUGUUUAGUAGCUUCUGAUUCAUUAAAGACCUGCUUUUUGAUGAUACUUGGUUGACUCUUGACCAUCCUGACCAAUUGUCUCUCAGCAGAAGGUGAUAGUUUGUGUUGCGCUUGAUACUUAGUUUGUACAAUUGAUUUUGAGCUGCUUUGAAAUGGCUCCAAGUAACCUUUCUGACUUGUUUGAGUCAAUGAUUUGCUUUUUCAGAUCUGUACACUUGUCAUUGUAGUGUUUGUGGCUUAGUCUGCUGAGGGAAUCAAAUGAGCUCUAUUUGAAAUUGGCUCAGAGGAGUCAUAAGUUGAAGUAGGUCGCAUUUAUUCGCGGGAAGUUAAGAAGCCAAGCCAAGAACAAAGUUUGAUUAAGACAAAUGUAACAACACUAACAUCAACAAAACUCAUAUUUCAAGCUGCUGUAUGUAUCUUUUUUCUUUUUUUUUACCCAUGUUUCCAGAAUACCUAUAAUAAAUCUAUCAACAAAA